UUAAACUCUAUACAUUCGAUUUUGCCAUCGAUUGUUUCACAGCUCCUUUAUCUGCCAAUAAGUUUUUAUUAUUUAGAUGUUUGGAAAACAAUAAUUAUGUUAUUAAAUAUUAUUACAAACCAAAAUUUUACAUUUGCUAUUCGAGUUUAUCAAAAGUGUAUUCCUAAUGUACACAGUGUAAAACUUCACAUAUUUUCAUACCAAAAAAUUGGCUACAGUAAAUAUUUGAAUGGACGGUUUAUUCAUAGCUAUAUUUCAUCAGAUAAAAAUGUAUCUAAACAAAUGACUAAAAUUAAAAUCCAUAGUGAUCCUGUGCCAGUAAAAAAUACCAACGACCCCUUCGCACUUAAUGAAACAGAAGCAUCAACUUUUAAAUUUAAAUCGCUGUUAUAUGAUGAAAACAAGGAUGAAAUAAUAGCAAAGCUUAAUGCUUGUAAGGAUACAACCCAACUAUUGCAGUUCAUAAAAGAAUACCAUGAGGUAUUUAAACGUAACCAUAUUGUUCAGUCAAUAUUGGUUCUGAAAGAUAUUUUACAGGAACGUAAGGAUUGCUUAGUUACAGAAGAAUUGUUAAAAGUAAUUUUAAGGGUUUUGGAACCCCAAGUAAAUUCAUUAAAUAUUACAGAACAAAGUUGUUGUUAUCUUUGCCUCCGAAAAUUUAGUGUCCCUAACACUAAUUUCGUUAUGCAGCAGUUGCUCCUGUGUGCACUAAAGAAGGUCUUUAUUUCGUCACCAGAUAAACCAAUUGCGUUAGCUGCAUUAUCUCGAUUAGCUGUUGGUAUUAACACUGGCGAUGAUUUUCAUGUUCCUACAGUUUGUAGUGCCUUUAUUCCACAUAUAAUGUCCCAUAUUGAACAUUGUGAUAACGAAGAAGACUUGCGUCUUCUUUCAAUAUGCAUAAUAAACCUACAACCAUUAAUUUCGACUGAUAUUUUGGAAACAUUUAAAAUAAAAUUAGAUCUUUUAAUUAGAAAUGGUGUUAUUAACGCAAAAACUCCUAGAACGACAAUAAAACUACUACAUUUAUUAAAUAUUUCAAUAUGGUCACAAAAAAAUGGUCAAAUUAUACGACAGCUUUUAUUAUUGUUAUAUCCAAGUUUUUCAAAUCUUAAUAAAACUGAUCUUAAAACCAUAAGUAGAGUUUUUAGUUACCAUUUAGAACCAUCAGAUCUAAUUAACCCAUUUAGCAAAUUGAUGAAAAAUUUACUUCAAAGGCACCAAACGGUCGAUGUUCUCGCCGCCUAUUUACCAUUUAUAGAACCUCGUUGGCGAGAGCCAACCAUUAAAAUUUUUAAAAAUUUGCUUUUUACUUCCGAAAAAAGCCUAACUACAUAUCCAGCCACCGAAUAUUUUCAAAUAAUUCGUGCUUUAAAAAUAUCAGAUUCGAAAAUAUGUGAUGCAUAUUGGGCGAAUAUUUUGAAAUCCUUAAAUUCGAAUGAUGAAGAGAAAACACACCUUCGGUUUCUAAGACACUGUCAUCGUUAUAUGCAUUUUAAUAAUAAUUUGGGAGGAACAUACCGCUUCAUUCCUCUCGAACGGAGGCUCUCUCAAUUGGCUAUGGAAUUGAUAGAAAAUGAUGUAUCUGGACGACUACCAUCAAAGUUUGCGCGUUUAGCAGCUUUUGUAUUAGCAUAUGGUCAUACACCUUUUGGAUGGAAAAAGUUUCCUAAUGUUGUACUUUCCAAGAUUAUAUCCAUGUCUAGUCAAUUCAGUACUAUAGAUUGUUUUCUUCUUAGUCGUGGGGUUCAUAUUGCUUUGGAAUUGCGAUUUCGUAAUACGAUUCCUUCGUUAUUGGGUAUGCAACUAGCUACUAUAGAUAGCGUAUUAACCGAUUGCAUUGGACGGCAUUUGGAGAGCAAGUACUUGUCGAUUUUUGAUUUAAACACCAUAGUGCGAACACUUGGAUAUAGAAAAUCUUUGAAGAAUAAAACAAUUUAUCAAGAAGCCUUAAACAGGUAUAAUCAACUUGAUUAUAGUGAACUUAAUUCACGUUUAAUUCGGGAAAUGGCUUACAAUUUCAAUAUAUCAAACUGCAUUGUACCUAUUGCUAUGGAAGCAAUGUUCACAUACAUUGAAACUAAUCAGAAAUACGUAAUUGGCGAAACUGUGGAGAAAGUUUUAAAUUGCGCUUAUAAUUUAGGUUAUAUGCCACAAUCAGAAGCUGUACUUAAUAACGCUGCAUUUAUUUUAAAACGAGACUUCGAAAAUAUGAGUGGCUUGUCGAUUGUGCAAGCAUGUUUGGCGCUAUGCUACUAUAAAUCGAUGCCUGAAGAUCUUAUUGACAAAGUUUUUUGUGUUAAAUUUAUUCAAAGAAUAGAAGAGGAGAUUCACGUGUGUUACUCCAAGGCGACUUAUCCCGAACGAGUACUUAACUUAAUAAUGCAGUUAAAUCGGACAGUGUGCCUGGAUUACCCGGAGGCGAAUGUACCAUGGUUUCAACAAAAUUACUUAGAAGCUCAACUCAGUAAAAAACAUAAAACUCGAAGCAAAUUUGGCGACGAUGUCAAAAAUCUCCUAAAUGCAGUUUUAAGCGACGAUAAUUUCUUCAGUUGUAAUCACAUUACACCUUAUGGAUAUCAAAUUGAUUUUGUAAUACACUUCGAUAAAAAUCGUGAGCCUAUUCCAGCUCCAGCAGAAACAACAAUAUUAGAUCGCAUAACAAAGUUUGCAAUACUGUUGCUGCGGUUAGAUUCUUUUUGUGAAAACGAUCUGACAGCAUUGCGUGGACCUGAACACCUUAAAACAAAACAUUUAGAAAUGAUGGGCUACAAAGUGAUUCAUAUUAACGAGCACGAUUGGAACACAAGAUACAUGAAUUCUCCUGAAAUCAAAACAAAAUAUCUUAAAUACCUCCUGCAGAUAUAAAUAAAAAGUUAUAUAGUGUGUAUAUAUCUAAUAAAA